AUUGAAUUCAAAAGUGUCUCUUUAACAUUUCCAUUUCAUUACACAUUUAUAAUGUUAGUUAUAGUCAGUCAUACUAGAAGAGUCCAAAGCUUGUAUAAGAGAGCUUUAAGAAAUAUACAAGCUUGUUUCAAUGGGAGAUGUUUAUAUAGAUACAAUGCGGUGUUGAUGAGAAAGCGAUUCGAUGAUAACAAAGGUAUCAAAGAUAUGACCAUUGCCAACGACUUGAUAGAAAAAGGAGAAAAUGAAUUGUUUAAAGGUAUGCAUGAUGCUCCAUUGAAAUUCAUUAAUUCGCCAGGCGGCGUUGCUUAUCAAAGAGUGGUAGAAACACCAGAUUGGGUUUUGGAUUAUUGGCACCCACUCGAGAAAGCUCAAUAUCCUAAAUAUUUUGCUCGUCGCGAAAAAAGGAAAAAAGAAUAUAUAAAAAUGUGGCUGAACGAAUAUGGAAAUGACUCAUCAUUUGAACCCCCUAAGUGAAAAUCAAUCGAAGCAAGCUUCUUCUAUUUAAAACUGAUUAGCCUGCAGAGUACAAAAUAUUAUUAAUAAAAUAGAGAA